AAGGGCCGCUGGCUCCAGCUCGAGGACAAGCGGCUCCGCUCCGUGCUCGCGGCUUUGGACGGCCCGAUCUCGAAGGCGCACACGGACUGGGACGCGGUCGCGCGCGCGCUCGGCUCGCGCGACGCGGCCGAGUGCCGCCUGCGCUGGGAGAAGGUCAUCGGCAAGGGCGAGCGCAAGGGCCGCUUCACGGCCGCCGAGGACGAGGCCGUCCGGAAGUACGCGGCCGAGGGCCUCGAGUGGCCCGAGAUCGCCGCGCGCGUGCCCGGGCGCAACUCGAAGCAGAUCCGCGACCGCUUCUACAACAAGCUCGCGCCGGGCCUCAAGGCCGUGAGCGACCCCUGGACCGAGCGCGAGGACGCGCUGCUCUACCACAGCUACCAGAAGUGGGGCAGCGCGUGGGGCCAGAUCUGCCUCGUCGUCGCGGGCCGGUCGCCGAACAUGGUCAAGAACCGCUGGAACUCGCAGGGCCGCAAG